AUGGAGACCCCUUCGCAUUCCUCUAAUGAAGAUAACCUCCCCUUCACAUGUGUCCAAUAUAAACCAGAAAAGAUUAUUGCUUUGCCAGAUCUAAGCAUGGGGGAUGUGCACACUGACCUCUGUGAAGUCCAUAAUUACCUUCAGCGCUAUGGAUAUCUAAGACAGGGUUCCAUAACCUCACCAGAUAUCCUUGAGGAUUCUUCAAUUUCCGCCCUCAAGAAGUUUCAAAAGUUUUACAAUAUUCCAGAGAACGGUACUGUUGACAGGGAAACUAGAAAAGCCAUGGCGCAGACUCGUUGUGCCCUUCCGGAUUUCAAUGGUCAAUCUCUGGAUGCUAAUGUGUCUGGUCCGUGGAGGCACCGAGAUCUUAGAUAUGCACUGGGCAAUCUCUCACAUGCCGUUACGCCUUCUGUCUGCCAGGGCGCCAUUAGACGAGCUUUAAACACCUGGAUGGACACUGGAGUUGGAGUUACGUUCACUGAAGUUCCUUCUACGGAAAGCUACGAUAUUUUCAUUGAAUGGCGGCCGGCGGAUGACCCAGAUCAUAGCAUGGUGGGUCCUAUCCUGGCCCAUGCAGACUUUCCUCCGGGAUUCUCCAUCAUUGUCAGAGCGCCUCCAUUGCCGCUUCAUUUUGACGACCAAGAACAUCACUGGGUUGAUGGAGCAUUCCAAGACGCGUUUGAUAUUGAGACUACGUGCCUUCAUGAAAUGGGUCACUGUCUUGGACUCUACCAUUCUAGCGAUCCAAACAGCAUUAUGUUUCCAACUGUAUCUCCCAAUCACAUGAGGCGAGCACUGGGAACCGAUGAUGUGGAGGGUAUCCGAAAUCUAUAUGCCACUGGACUCUAA